ACAAAGAGACAGGAGGUUAAUCAUUGAACUGAUCACAGUGGAUGGAUUUAUUUCUGGACUCAAUUUCCCAGGAACUCCACUAUCCCACCCUGGGGGAAAUGCCUCAGCUGAAGUUUCUCUAGCUCCAGCUUCGUGAGUAAAGACCUGUCUCUUUGGAGUUAAUCACAGCAGCUCUGUGACUACUGAGUCAUCCAUCUGCUUCAAGAAAAUGUUUGCUGUCCACUUGCUAGCUUUCCAUUUCACAAAGCUAAAAGAGGAUCAAAUAAAAAAGGUUGACAGGUACCUGUAUCACAUGCGUCUCUCUGAUGAUAUCUUGCUGGACGUGAUGUCUCGCUUCCAGGCUGAGAUGGUGAAGGGCCUGGGGAGAGACACGAACCCUACAGCAACAGUAAAAAUGCUGCCAUCAUUUGUGCGCUCACUUCCAGAUGGCUCAGAGAAGGGUGACUUCCUUGCUGUUGAUGUGGGUGGCUCCCUGUUUCGUGCCCACCAGGUGAAGGUGUUUGAUGAUGGAAAGCAGAGCAGCCAGCUGGAGAACAAGUUUUACCCCACACCCAAGGAGAUCACACAGGGUAAUGGAGCUGAGCUCUUUGAUUACAUUGCUGACUGUCUGUUAGACUUCAUGGAGACCAAAAACCUGAAGCAUAAGAAGUUACCUCUUGGUUUUACAUUUUCUUUUCCAUGCAAACAGACCAAAUUGGAAGAGGGGGUUCUUCUUGCCUGGACGAAACACUUCAAGGUCAGAGGAGUUCAGGACACAGAUGUGGUCAGCUCUCUGCGCAAGGCCCUCCAGAAGCAUAAGGACAUAGACGUUGAUGUUUUGGCACUAGUCAAUGACACUGUGGGAACCAUGAUGACUUGUGGAUAUGAUGACCAGCACUGUGAAGUUGGACUCAUAAUUGGAACUGGCACUAAUGCAUGCUACAUGGAGGAAAUGAGGCACAUCGAUCUGGUGGAAGGUGAUGAAGGGAGAAUGUGCAUUAACACAGAGUGGGGUGCCUUUGGAGAUGAUGGUGCUUUGGAUGACCUCCGCACAGAGUUUGAUCGGGAGCUUGAUCUGGGAUCUCUCAAUCCUGGCAAACAAUUGUUUGAGAAGAUGAUCAGCAGCCUGUAUUUGGGGGAGCUUGUAAGACUCAUUCUCCUAAAGAUGACAAAAGAGGGUCUGCUUUUCAAUGGGAAGGUGUCAACGGCUCUACUUACUAAGGGCAAGAUUGAAAUGAAGCAUGUGUCUGCAAUGGAAAAAUAUAAAGAAGGACUGAACAACACAAAAGAGAUCCUUACAGAGCUGAACCUGUUUCCCUCUGAAGAGGACUGCAUUGCUGUUCAGCAUGUCUGCACCAUUGUUUCCUUCCGAUCCGCCAACCUCUGUGCUGCCGCCCUGGCAGCCAUAUUGACACGACUAAGGGAGAAUAAAAAAGUGUUGAGGAUGCGAACCACUGUUGGGAUUGAUGGGGGACUCUAUAAAACCCACCCCCAAUAUGCCAAACGUCUGCACAAAGUGGUGAGAAGGCUGGUCCCAAACUGCGAUGUUCGGUUCCUCCUCUCUGUGAGUGGCAGUGGGAAGGGGGCUGCCUUGGUCACAGCAGUGGCUUACAGGCUGGCUGCUCAGCGUAAGCGGAUUGAUGCUGCACUUGCACCAUUUCUGCUGUCCCUGGAGACCCUCAGAGAAGUUAAGAACAAAAUGAGGACUGAGCUGGAAUAUGGGCUAAAGCGAGAGACGCAAGCCAGUGCCACAGUGAAGAUGUUACCCACAUAUGUCUGUGGGACACCAGAUGGAACAGAGAAAGGAAAGUUCCUUGCCCUUGAUCUUGGUGGGACAAAUUUCAGAGUUCUGCUGGUCAAAAUUAGAAGUGGAAGAAGAAGAUCAGUGCAAAUGUAUAACAAAAUCUUUGCCAUUCCUUUGGAGAUCAUGCAAGGGACAGGAGAAGAGCUCUUUGACCAUAUUGUCCAGUGCAUAGCAGACUUUCUGGAGUAUAUGGGGAUUAAAGGUGCUCGUCUGCCUCUGGGCUUCACCUUCUCCUUCCCGUGCAGGCAAGCCAGCAUUGACAAGGGAACACUUGUGGGAUGGACAAAAGGUUUCAAGGCAACAGACUGUGAGGGAGAAGAUGUUGUUGAUAUGCUGAGAGAGGCCAUCAGGAGAAGAAAUGAGUUUGAUUUGGACAUUGUAGCAGUGGUGAAUGACACUGUUGGGACAAUGAUGACGUGUGGAUAUGAGGAUCCAAACUGUGAGAUUGGCCUUAUUGCAGGAACAGGCAGUAAUGUGUGCUACAUGGAGGACAUGAAAAACAUAGAAAUAGUGGAAGGGAAUGAAGGAAAAAUGUGCAUUAAUACAGAAUGGGGAGCAUUUGGUGACAACGGCUGCAUUGACAACAUCAGAACAAAAUAUGAUAAAGAAGUAGAUGAAGGCUCGCUAAACCCAGGGAAACAGAGGUAUGAAAAAAUGACCAGUGGAAUGUACCUAGGUGAAAUAGUAAGGCAAAUUUUGAUCGACUUAACCAAACAAGGACUGCUGUUCAGAGGACAGAUUUCGGAAUCACUCAGGAAAAGAGGCAUAUUUGAAACAAAAUUCCUGUCUCAGAUUGAGAGUGACCGGCUCGCCCUCCUCCAAGUCCGGCGAAUUCUGCAGCAGUUGGGCCUGGACAGCACAUGUGAAGACAGCAUCAUUGUGAAAGAGGUGUGUGGAGCUGUUUCAAAAAGAGCUGCCCAGCUCUGUGGGGCAGGACUGGCUGCUAUUGUAGAGAAGAAGAGAGAAAACCGAGGUGUGGAGCGCUUGCAAAUCACCGUUGGAGUGGAUGGGACUUUGUACAAGCUCCAUCCCCAUUUUUCUAGGGUCCUGCAGGAAACAGUGAAGCAAUUGGCACCUCAGUGUGAUGUGACUUUCAUGCUUUCUGAAGAUGGAAGUGGGAAGGGAGCUGCCCUCAUUACUGCAGUAGCAAAAAGAUUGCAUAAUGUUGGACAGAAGUGAAAAUGAGAGGUCAAGUAAUUUCAGCACUGCCAGGCACGUGCUCUAGAGAUUUGCUGAGCGCAAAGAUAGCUUUGCCAGACACCAGUACACAGGUACCUGUUUUCAGGGAGCAGCUAGUUUUGGCCAACCACUGUUGUGGAUUUUUGUCCUUUCAUAAGUUGGAUCAGAUGUUUCUGCUCCCCACUGGCAUUAUGUCUUGGCAUACCACAGUCUACUCAGUUCUGCACUUUCUGCAAUGCAUCUAUAAUGCACAUGGGAGAGUGAAAACAAAGCAAAACAAUCAACCCCAAAUGUGUCCUUUUACAAUGGCUAAUUAAGCUA